AUGGAGACGAUAUCACGGAUCUCAUCGAUGCUAGAAACAGCUCGAGAGCUCACCCUUGAAGCUGCUCAGUCUGCAAGUUCGGUUAGAAGCUUGAGACCGUCCUCCUACCCCCCCCGCACCGGCUCGGUAUCGCAGAUCAAGAAGCUGCUUGAUAGCAGAAACGACCGAGAUAUACUAGACGGUCUACGUAAGGUCAUUUCGUUAAUGUACCGGGCCGAACCAUGUCUUCCCUUCUUCUCUGCUGUCGUCAAGAAUGUCGCAAACCCGAAUAUAGAGGUGAAGAAGCUGGUGUAUAUAUACCUGCUCCACCAUGCAGAAGCCGAACCAGACCUUGCGUUACUAUCGAUUAAUGCAAUUCAAAAGUCCCUGACGGAUCAGAAUCCACAGGUUCGUUCUUUGGCUUUACGGACAAUGUCGGGGAUAAAGGUGCCUGUGAUCAGUCAGAUCGUUUCUCUUGCUAUAAAGAGAGGAUGCGGGGAUAUGAGCCCUCAUGUCCGUAAGGCUGCUGCACUAGCAAUUCCAAAAUGCUACCGUCUCGAUCCGGGGACGCUGCCACAGCUCGUCGAUUACCUUUCCAUUCUACUCGGAGAUAGCCAGUAUUUUGUCGUUGGGCCAGCCGUUGCUGCGUUUUUGGAAAUAUGCCCGGAGAAAAUUGACCUCAUUCACAAGCACUAUCGUAGCCUUGUGAAAAAGCUAGUUGAUAUGGAUGAAUGGAGUCAAUUGGUGACACUGAGGCUUAUGGUCUACUAUGCCAGGAAAUGCUUUCCUAGGAGGACCCAAAGAGUAAAGAAGACAACCCCCAAAGGGUUCUACGACGAAGAUAAUGAAGAAGAUAAGGAUGACGGCAAUCUUAGCGAGGAAGAAUUUGAAAUUAUCGACCCGGAUCUCGAAUUACUCUUGAAGGCUUGUAAGCCAUUACUCCAAAGCCGGAAUUCAGCCGUGAUCGUGGCCGUCGUCCGCUGUUUCCGCUAUUUAGGGACGGUAGAGCAUCUGGAAUCGGCCACAGGGCCAUUGAUUGCCCUACUCCGCAGCCCGCAGGACCUGCAACAUGUUGCAUUAUACAAUAUCAUUUCCGUUGUCCUCAUAUCUCCAAAACCGUUCGUGAAAUAUGCAUCCCACUUUCUUGUUAGGUCCACUGAUAUACCGCAUAUCUGGCGUUUAAAACUGGAAAUAUUGACCAUGCUCUUCCCCCACUGCGGUAUGCACUUCAAGGGUGUGAUACUCAGUGAUCUAGAACAUUUUUCCAAUGGGUCGGAUCAUGAUCUAGUUCGCGAGAGUGUCCGUGCUAUUGGGAGAUGUGCGGAAGCCCAUAGUGGUUCCUCUAUGCGCUGCCUUCAACUUCUUCUUCGUCAGAUCUCAAGUGCUGAUGACGUUUUGGUUUCAGAAGCUGUAACUGUUAUUAGGCAUCUCAUCCAGCAGGACACUGCGUCUCAUAAAAACACUGUGGUGAUGCUUGGGAACCAUCUUGGAACUACGAGCAGCCCAGGAGCUAGGGCAAGCAUUAUAUGGCUAGUGGGAGAAUUCGCCGGAAUCGACACCCAUAACAACAUUGCACCAGAUGUAUUACGCCUCCUGGUAAAAGGCUUUGCAGAUGAAGCGGAACCGGUAAAACAGCAAAUUUUACUAUUAGGAGCAAAAGUAUACCUACAUCAUCUCCUUAAUGCCCCUGCAACCUCCAAUGACCCCAAGAGCCCCUCAGACCAUGAGCAAGGUGGCGAUAAUGAGUUUGAUGUGAAUGGCCAGGUUACACCGAAGGAAGAGGAUUCUAUUACCACACUAUGGCGGUACAUUCUCCUGCUAGCCCGGUAUGACACUUCAUAUGACCUCCGUGACCGAGCUCGUCUAUAUAAAUCUCUCCUUGCCGUGCCUAGUUCAACACAGCUUGCAAGCCUUCUACUUCUGGCACCUAAACCGAUUCCUCACACUUCAACACCAUCCGAAACGAGGAAUAACUUCCUUAUUGGCUCAUCAACUCUGGUAAUCGGUCCUGAGGCCGGCCUGCAUGGCUUGAGAGGCUACGAAGAUCUUCCUGACUGGGUUGAACCUGGGAAAGAGCCCGAUCCAAAACUCCGCGACGACGAGUCCAGUAAAUCUGGUGUAGGUUACGGCGAGAAGAUUAAUACAACAGCUGGAGAACGACUGGAUAAAGCACUACAGGAACAUAACGUAUCUGGGAAAGGGAAUAUGAACGGGAAAAUAAGCAAUGUCCCGAAGAACAUGUCUCUAGAUGAUUGGCUGGCUGAAGAAGAGGAAGAGGAUGAAUAUGAGGAAGAUGAAGAGGGUGAGACAGAAGAAGAAGAGACGGAUGAGGAAGAUGAUGAAGACGAAGAAGGGGAAAGUGAAUAUGAAACUGAUGAGUCUGGUGAGGAAGAAGACGAAGGACAGAACCACCAGUACGCCCAGUCCGGAGUUGAAUCUGCAAAACUACUCAAGUGA